CUCCUCCUCUCCUAUCAGAGACACACAUUCACACACGCACACAUACACGCACACUCACACACAUCCACACACACACACACACACACACACACACACUCCGUCCAGUCCAAACCCCCAGAAAAGCCCUGCUGAAUCCUCACACCGUCUGUCAGCAUGGGGAGCGCUUGUUUUUCCCGGGACGUUUGUUUGUUUAUCCUCCUCAUAAAUACUUGCAGGGUGAUGGGGAAUGUCGGACUCGCAGAUGCAGACGAGUGCGCAGAGGGUUCAGACGACUGCCACAUUGACGCUCUCUGCCAGAACACUGCCAAGUCCUACAACUGCAUCUGCAAACCAGGCUACAAGGGAGAUGGCAAGCAGUGCGAGGACAUGGACGAAUGUGAGAAUGACUACAAUGGAGGCUGUGUCCACGAAUGCAUCAACAUACCAGGCAACUAUAGGUGCACCUGCUACGAUGGAUUCAUGCUGGCCCAUGAUGGACACAACUGUCUGGAUGUGGACGAGUGUCUGGACAACAACGGUGGAUGCCAACAAGUGUGUGUGAACACUAUGGGGAGCUACGAGUGUCAGUGCACAAACGGCUUCUUCCUCAGUGACAACCAGCAUACCUGCAUUCACCGCUCUGAUGAUGGAAUGAACUGCAUGAACAAGGACCAUGGCUGUGCCCACAUCUGCAGAGAGGCUCCGGGCAAAGGUGGAGUGUCCUGCGAGUGCCGACCUGGCUUUGAACUGGCCAAAAACCAGAAGGACUGUACAUUGACGUGUAACUAUGGAAAUGGCGGCUGCCAGCACACAUGUGAUGAUACGGACACAGGGCCGGUGUGUGGCUGCCACCAGAAGUACGCUCUGCACUCAGACAGCAAGACCUGCAUCGAGAAAGAUGAGGCUGCAAUUGAGAGCUCUGAGUUCAAUGCCACGUCAGUAGCUGAUGUGGACAAGCGGGUGAAACGGCGGCUACUUAUGGAGACCUGUGCUGUGAACAACGGUGGUUGCGACAGGACAUGUAAAGACACAGCCACAGGGGUGCGCUGCAGCUGCCCUGUGGGCUUCACCCUGCAGCCUGAUGGAAAAACCUGCAAAGACAUUGACGAAUGCCUGGAGAACAACGGAGGCUGCGAUCACUACUGUCGAAACACAGUAGGUUCCUUCGAAUGCAGCUGCCAAAAAGGCCACAAGCUUCUCACAGAUGAACGGACAUGUCAAGACAUUGAUGAGUGCUCCUUUGAGAGAACCUGUGACCACACCUGCAUCAACUACCCUGGCAGUUUUGAGUGCUUAUGCAACAAAGGAUACAUCCUAUACGGCCUCACUCACUGUGGAGAUAUCGAUGAGUGCAGCAUCAAUAAUGGGAGCUGUGAGCACGGCUGCAUAAACACUCAGGGCAGCUAUGAGUGUGUGUGUCCACCAGGACAGAAACUCCACUGGAACAAGAAAGACUGCAUCGAGGCAGUGAAGUGUCUGCCCAAUGGGAAGCCAGUGCCCCGAGCCCAGCUGACCUGCACCAAGAGUGGAGGAGCUGAGGUCUGCUCACUGUCCUGCCCCUCCAACGCCCUCUUCCUCGCUGACUCAGAGAACAGCUACACACUGAGCUGUGGAGUGCCUGUCCAGCCUGGUAAAGCUCCUCAGAAGAGAAACGCCACCACUGCUUUACCCACCUGUGCUGACACUCUGGCACCACCCAUCAAACAGAAGGCCAGGUUUAAGAUUAAAGAUGCCAAGUGUCACCUGAGACCCCGCAACAAGGAGAGACACAGAGAUUCAUCCAGGCAGAAUCUGCAAGGAGGCCAGUUCCCCUGCACUGAUGACUGCCAGGUAACUUUUGUAAAUCUGAAGUGCGACUCAUCUAAGAAGCGCAGACGAGGACGCAAAUCUCCUACCAAAGAGGUUUCACACAUCACAGCUGAGUUUGAGAUGGAGAUGAAGGAGGAGGAAGCCUCAGACUCGUGUAAUGUAGACUGUGUGCGGGAGAGGAUGAAGCAGAAGCUGCAGAGCGCCAUGCGGACACUCAGGAAGUCUAUCAACAAGCAGCAGUUCUACAUCCAGUUUUCUGGGACGGAGUAUGAAGUGGCCCAGAAACCAUCCAGGGUACCAGAGGGUGCUGAGACCUGCAGUACGGGACAAGUCCUCCGAGACGGAAAGUGUGUGAGCUGUGCUGUGGGGACGUUCUACAGUGGGGAGCAGGAACAGUGUGUCCAGUGUCCUCCUGGUACAUACCAGGACACAGAAGGUCAGCUGUCCUGUGAGCCUUGUCCAAGUACUGAAGGACAGGGCAUCGCUGGUGCCAAGAACGUGUCUCAGUGUGGAGGUCAGUGUCCAGCGGGUCAGUUUUCUGCUGACGGGUUCCGCCCAUGCCAGUCCUGUCCACUGGGCUCCUACCAGCCAGAACCAGGCCGGGUUCUGUGCUUCACCUGUGGAGGAGGCCUCAUGACCAGAUAUGAAGGAUCUGUCUCCUUUAGGGACUGUGAGGCCAAAGUGCACUGUGCUCCAGGACAUUACUAUAACUCCAGUACCCACCGCUGCAUCCGCUGCCCAGCAGGCACCUACCAGUCUGAGUUUGGGCAGAACUACUGCAUCACCUGCCCUGGGAACACCACCACUGACUUUGAUGGUGCCACCAACGUCUCCCACUGCAAAAACCAGCUGUGUGGAGGUGAGCUGGGAGAGUACACAGGCUACAUAGAGUCUCCUAACUACCCUGGAGAUUACCCAUCCAAUGUAGACUGUGUCUGGACCAUAAACCCACCACAUAAGAGGCGGAUACUCAUUGUAGUGCCAGAGAUCUUCCUCCCCAUUGAAGAUGAAUGUGGAGACGUGCUGGUCAUGAGGAAGAGCGCCCUGCCCACUUCCAUCACCACCUACGAGACAUGUCAGACGUAUGAGCGACCCAUCGCCUUCACCUCUCGCUCUCGCAAGCUCUGGAUCCAGUUUAAGUCCAAUGAGGGCAACAGUGGCAAAGGUUUCCAAGUCCCAUAUGUCACCUAUGAUGAGGACUACCAGCAGCUGAUAGAGGACAUAGUACGAGAUGGCAGGCUUUACGCCUCUGAGAACCACCAGGAGAUCCUGAAGGACAAGAAGCUGAUAAAAGCCCUGUUCGACGUGCUGGCUCACCCCCAGAACUACUUCAGGUACACUGCACAGGAGUCCAAAGAGAUGUUCCCUCGCUCCUUCAUCAAGCUGCUGCGCUCCAAAGUCACCAGGUUCCUACGACCGUACAAAUAGACGGACCCCUCCACAGUCCUGUUAAAGACCCCCCGUCAUCCUGCAUCAUUUUCAAGUCCAGCAACCUAAAUGUAACCCUGUCUGCAUCUACCCAGCCUCAGUCUAUACAUCGACAUAUUCCUUCUAUGACUAAACGUCUUCAUUUCCUGCAUUUUUCCUCGGGCCUGCUUGUCACACGAUGCCUUUCAACAUUUCCUCUCCCUCUGACUUGUAAUAUGUUAUUAUCAUUAACAGCCUCCUCUCCAGUUAGUGCAGUUUUUUCUACAAGGUUUGAUCGAUGUGGGUUUUUGGAGGCCAGUACCAAUAUUUUAAUAAUGUAGCAGAAAUGCCUUUCCUAUACAGUAGUUAUGUACUCCUUUCUUGAAUUUGACCAUUUUGUACCAACAGGUGGCAGUAUUAUGUGCUUUUCUCUGUUUUGCUGAUAGCCCACCUCUUUGUGUGUUCACCCACACCUCUGAUCAACAGAUGGUUCUCCUGUACCUUUGGAGGAAGCCACUAGCUGUUUCCCCUGUUUGAAGUUCAUAAUUAAAGCUAAGCUACCCAGCUGCUGGCUGUAGUUUCAUUAUGAAUCGACAGACAUAAGAGCAGCAUAAAUCUCCUCAUCUAACCUUCAGCAAAAGACUAAGUAUUAUUUCGCAAAACGCUAAAUUAGAAAGUUGUAAGGUCACAUUUAAGCAGUUGGUUGUUGUCUAACAGUUGUGUUGCUCUUCUCAUCUAACUCUCAGCAAAAAAAAUCAUUUCAGAAAAUGGAAAACUAUUGCUUUAAGGGUGCAUUAAUAACCUGUACAGCAUUAAAAACCUUAAUCAAGAAUCCCCAAUGUCAUUUAGGUACGUGUUAUGAUAAAAUCACAUUUCCAGUAUUUCAUUAAAGGCCAGUAUCAGUAAGCCGAUAAAUCGGUCAAACCCUGUUCCUGCACACUGUGUAAUCUAUCUUCUUUUCUCAUAGCCAUUCCCCAUAUUUCUGCACCUUGUCUGACAACUUUAUUCUGCAACCUUCCUGCCUCUUUGUUUUGUGUGUUGUUGUGUUGUUUUGUAAUAUUUAUACUGAACAUGUCAGAACUUGCAGAAGCACACAUCACAGAUGUUUUAGAUAUGAUGUAUGAACAAACGUGUGGACAUACACAGCUGUACAUGCAUGAUGUGUGGCCCACUUAGAGUACAUGGAUGUAUGCUGAACUGGAUUUCUUUAUUGGCCCUACUGUGCACGAGACAGAGAUGAGAAAACAACUGGUGCACUUAAAGCACAUUUUAACAUUAAAAAUGAUUUGAAAGAAAUGUUAAAGUGAGGAAAUUAAAACCAUUCCACCUCAGUGGGUGCUUUCUCCAUUGGAGCACAGGGAAAGAUUUAAUUAGGGUAAUCACAAAGUCUAUAUUAUAAUUUUUUUUUUUUUUUAAAAAUAAAAAGGAUGUAUAACAAGAUGAGAUAAACUACCUGCAAGUAACACAUUGUUACUUUAGAGAGAAAUGUAUGUAAUGUAACUAAUAUUUGGAACUUUAAUUGCACUUGAAUUUUAUAUUUUAAACUGUAGGGAAAAAAGAUCUAAGUUACGUAUUUGUUACAUUUUUUGUGUUGUUUUGAAAUGUGCCACAUGUGGCGGCAAUAAGAGAGAAAGACAGCUGUGUCUCCUGUUAUUGCUCCCACUCUGUAGCUCACAGGUACCCCAAAAUCACUCAGUUUCAGGAGCUUCUGGCCCCAUUUACAUACAAACACAGUGAGGAGACGUUUAGACUGAAGCUUCUCAAACCCUGAGACUGUAUUCCACUAAAACGCACAGAGAAAAGACAGUGUAAGCAGCAGGAUCCGUCAAUUUUGCCACCACCACUGCAGUCUGUGUGUGUUUUCACUGCCCAGUCCUGCUUCAUCCCUCAAACAUGUCGCAUAGCUGCCAGAGAGAAGAAGCAUCUCCAUAAAGGCUUCUUGUAUGAUGGCAUUACAUACAUACUACAAUAUAUACACAUUUCUAAAAUGACUUCAAAUAUCUGCAUCCACCCAGAUACACUCUUUUUCCAUUAAAUAGAAGGUAUAGUGUGUGCAUACUAUGCUUUUCUUUUAUAACCUAACUAAAUGUUUCUGUGUCAUUCCCAUCGGUACUAAUAUGUCUAUAAAUCCUAUACCACAUAUUGAAGAUGGACUCUAUAUCAGCACAAUGCAACUGGAGUUGUGUACAGAGUGACUGGAGUGUUGGUCUGAAGGUGAAUGUAGUGGCAGGAAUACAGUCGGAAUAAGAGGCAUCUCCUGUCUGAGUGUCUGUGUGUCUGUAGCACUUGCAGCUUCAGCUGUAAGCCAGUGAACUUUAUCUGUGUGUCAUGUUGUUCAGAAGACGCAAGCUUUCCCUCACAGAUGAUAGAAAUGCAUAUGUAAUAUCCCUUAUAGCCGUAAAAGUUUCUUUAGAGACUAAUUUCCUGUUACCAGUGUCACUCAUGAAAAGAGAAAGCUUCUAGUCUUUGUGCUGGGCACAAGGACGAUGAGCGAGUGUCAGUGCUAUUUAGAGCUCAUCAAACCUUGGAGGUUUUGCGUGUUGUUGCCAUUCACUACAAUUCACACACACUGCUGAGCACUUUUCAAGGCAGAGGUUUUUAGGUUUCCUACACUUUCUCUACGCUAUAAGAAUGAACAUUUCAGAAAGUUGCAAUUUCGUUGAGAUAUGUUGUCCUUCACAUUGAACAAUUUUAUUUUUCUGGAAUCAUUGUCGUCUUUGCGUGCUACGUCAUUUUCAAGGUUGGUCUCAGAUGUUUUCUGUUUGAAGCCCACAGCCAGAAACAAGCGUCCAAUAGGCUUCAUGUCAAAUACAACCUCCAUAGUUGACAGAACAAUCUCUGACCUCUGAGUAACUGAUGUGAGGCUCCAAAUCAUAUGAUCCUUGUCAGCAGAUGGGGUUUGAUCACUACAUGUAGAUGGUAAAAAAAUUAUUCUGAGCAAAGUUAAGUCUUUGUGUUCUUUUAUAGUUGAGCACACGACAGAGUUGAUUCUUGAACUUGGAAACACCUAAUGAUAGAACAGUCUGGCGACAAUGACUAUUUAGGAGACAUUUUGCAGCUGAUUGUAUUUAAAAGAUGGAUGUUGUGAUCAUGACACGACCCACUGGUUUGUGAACUAUUGUUUACUACUGGUUUGAAGCUUCAAGUUUGACAUUUGACCAUUGCCUCGUUGGUCUUUUGAAGCCAGACAUGAUAAGUGAGUGGUGAAGAAUUCAAGCAUACUAACCGCAGUAAUAUGGUAGCAAUCUGUUAAUCACAACCCUCUCUAAAAGAUACCCUGUUUCAUCAUCUAUUUUACUCUAAAUGGGACAAUAAUUUACAAAAUGAACAUUGUGCUGCGUUGAAAAAGGCUUGAAGCCAGUUAUUGAGACCAUAGACGUAUUAGGAAAAUGUUUACUGAGGGAACAGAUAAAUGAGAGGUACAGUCAGUUUUUCAUAGACAUCUAUACAAUCUGACUCCUCUAUGCAACCAAGAGGAGUCGGCCCCUGCUGGCUGUUGAAAGAAUACAAGUUUGAGGCACUUCUCCACUGGCUUUAGUUUUCAGAUUCAGAGGCUACGUACAUUUUUUUAUACAUCAUAUGGUCAGUUGAUGUUUCUGAGGUCCUCAGAUCCAUCUCUAAUUCCAAGUGACCCAACUCCCUCUGCUAAUGAAGAUCACGUAAGGUCAUCAAAAGCUACUAAAUAGAUCCAGGGGUGAAAUUGUUUUUGUCUGGUCAACUACAGUUUCCAGUUCACUAGAGUUAAACAACGUCUUCAUUUUUGACCUGGGUCUUAUAAUGUCACUGAGCUCUGAAAACUUUGUGGAUUUAUACAAUUUCUGAGUGGCUAGUACUUUUUGAUUUUCUUUCAGGGGAUAGCAUCAUAUCAACUGCUAGCAAGAAUUACAAUAGCAAGCUAGUGUAAUCAUACUCGACUGGGCCUGUUUUUAUUUCACCAAGUGGUCAAAAUCCCCACACCUCGGCAAUGGAUUCCAAAUUGUAAUUGCUGUUUGCCUUUGAUUUGGUGCUCCAACAGUAAAUGUCCUUGAGUGUACCCUACAAAACAGGACAUGAAAAUGAAGGUUUUUUAUGGGUUUUUUUCUGGUCUCUCUGAGUUGAUUUUUAUAGUGCAAUGGAAUGAAACCAUUUGCAUGAGGGAGGAAAUCGACCAAAAAGCUUUUGCUUUGGAAAACAGUCAGAAGUCGUGUGAAAUUUUAGUAAUUAAUGGGCUGAUGCAGGGAAGCCUCACAUAUGGUCCUGAGUAGCACUGAGCUGAGACUUGCUGUUCAUAGUUUAGGGUUUCAUUUCAAAAUGAGGUCUUAAAACCAAAAUGAGAAAUAACUGAAAAAACAAUUAGACGGAUUUUUACAGUAAUUGGCUGAUAACCGCCCCGCUUAACUGAUGUAUUGGGAAGUAAACUCAGUGUCAGUAAGGUCUGUGUUUAUUGUCACUGGAUUGUCGUAUAAUCUCCCAAUAUAAAGCCUGUUGUAAGAUAAGGUAUUGUUCAGACGUUGCCAAAUAGCUGCCACACAGACAUGUUAGAGUACGGCCUGCUUCCUGUUCGAGGUGGGUGCUGUUCAAUAUGAGUGUUAUGAAAAAAAAAAUGAUAUGAAAUGCUCUAAAAUUUAUGAUUGACUGUUUUUUUUUCUCCUGAGAAUGUAUUCUAUUGUGAAUGGGUGUGUGCAUGUGGUGUGUAUGAGAGUGUGAGAGGACUGAAUGUGCAGUUAGGUGAAUGUUUCUGUGUGAGUUUUCGUGCUGGCUGCCUGUGAUAGAGAAAGAGACUGUAUGUGUGUUCUUUAGUCCAUUUUGUAGAGGAUUAAUUUUAACGUUUGUGUUAGUCGGUUGUACCCAAAGAGAGAAACUGUAACGCAGUGUUGUGCCAUUGUUUGGUCCAUGAAACUCCAGUACUGAACAAAUUAAAUAAAACAGUAGCAGAAAAGCGA